GAAUUACCCUGAACUGUUAACGUUUGAUUUUCAGUCUCGCCAUAUAUUUCUUCCUUUUCAAUUAAUCCAGAGCAUUUCAGUCAAGCGUCAGAUCUUCAGCAUUGACGCACAUAUAGUUUGUUUCAACUCAUCCCAGCAUGGAUGUGGUACAUAUUAGGCCAAGAGAGGGCAGUACUGCCCUCGAGUAAUGGUUGUCGUUUUGCGUAAAACAAGACGCACACGGGAAAUAAAUAGAUCCUAAAACAACAUAACAAAACAUUCAUUCAUUCAUCUUCCGAGCCGCUUGAUCCUCACUAGGGUCGCGGGGGGUGCUGGAGCCUAUCCCAGCUGUCUUCAUGCGCAUUACACAGCCACCAUGUUGAAUGGCAACGAAAUGUCGCGAGGUGAUGGAAACGAGCAGGAUUCAAAUGAACGCGUCGCAUUGAAGUGGACUCCGGAGCCGAAAGCGACCUCAUGCAGGUUCCUACAGAUCGAACUGGAGCUCAACGCGCACCUCCGUGGGCUCAGUUUCGGAGAACCCGUCCGUUACGUGUACAACCCACUAGAAUACGCGUGGGACACGCAUCGAUGCUACGUGGAAAAGUACUGCCAGGCGGGACAGAGCUACUUGUUUUUAGGCAUGAAUCCUGGACCGUUCGGCAUGGCCCAGACGGGGGUUCCCUUUGGAGAAGUGAAGUCAGUCGUUAAUUGGCUGAAGAUCACAGGGGCGGUUGGUCGCCCUGACAACGAGCAUCCGAAGCGCUGCAUCAGCGGCCUGGCCUGCACUCAGAGCGAAGUGAGCGGCGCCCGCUUCUGGGGCCUUUUCAGAAAGUUGUGCGGUGAGCCUGCGGCGUUCUUCCGCCACUGUUUUGUGCACAACCUUUGCCCUCUAAUUUUCAUGAGCAGCGCCGGGAAGAACCUGACCCCCCCUGAGCUCAACGCCCGUGAGCGUGAGGAGCUCCUGCGCUUGUGUGACAUUGCCCUGUGUCAAGCCGUGGAGGCCCUCGGUGUCUCCAUGGUGAUCGGUGUGGGCAGGGUAGCGGAACAGCGGGCACGCCGCGCUCUUGCCACAGCUGGUAUGGACGUGCGAGUAGAGGGCAUCAUGCAUCCUUCUCCUAGGAACCCUCUGGCCAAUAAGGGCUGGGAGAGUGUAGCGAAAGCUAAGCUAGCAGAAUUGGGCAUCCUCUCUUUGUUCAGUAACAACACACGGCCAGAAUCGUCUGACACGCAAGAGACUUCAUAGCAGAAAACCUAAUUCGGGUGGAGGGUGAACUGGAUUCCAUCACAGCUAAUUUUGCGUGAGAUGCAUACAUAAAGUGCACACAAAUAUGUCUUUGUUACAGGCAGUUGUGUAUGCUCUUUUACAUACACUCAUGUUAUAUUGUUAUAUGAUUUUUUUUUGCAUUACAAUUUUACCACUUCUUUGUAUUUAAAUGUCGUUUACUUGUAUUUGUUACAAAUAUAAUGGUUAUUGUAUUCUGUGAA